GAGGUAGCUCGUGGGAACUCUCAGCAAAAUAUCAUUUAUUGUACGAAGAAGGAGGACAGAGUGGAUGGAACUUGGAGAUUUGGGCGUUUUGGAAUGCAAUUAAUCUUUACUGAUCGGAGAGAGUGGAAGACCAACAUGAUCAUCUUGGUUGGAGAACGUGGGACUG